AUGCCACAGUGCAAUGUCGCCCGGGACGUGCUCACGCAGCCCGAUCUGCGCAACCUCAUCCUCGCUUACCAAGACGGCGUGCCGUGCUCGCUACAGGCCAUGUUCCAGCUCUACUACGCCAAGCUCGAGAAGGUCCAGUACCACAUCCACCCGGAGCUCAACCAAAUGCAAGAUCCGCUGUACAUGCGCGGGUACCUCCUCUGCCGCCUCCUCCAAGACGACCACUGCGACGUCGCCCACACAUUCCUCAACACCUUUUCAAACGACGACGACAUCAAACUCCCAUCGCGCGUCUCGCUUCUGGUCCGCAACACGAUCGACAAUGCGGCCCGCGCACGCAACUUGUCGAUAGUGAAGCGACUGCACGCUCGACCGGCCAUUGGCAUUUGCUCGCAGCUCGCCAUGGACAUUGCGGCCGCCAACGGCGACCUCGACAUCGUCCAGUUUCUGCAUCAACAUCGCACCGAAGGCUGCUCCCGACUUGCAUUCAAGAAGGCCAAAAAACACAAGGCGGUCCUAGCAUUUCUCAAAGCAAAUCGCCCGCAAGACGAACACCGGCGCGAAACACGCAUCCAAGCCACACUGGGCGGGGACGAGUACGACGGUGUCGAGUGUGUCCUUCAGUAG